AUGGCCAACGACUAUAAGAACCUCCCCGACUUUGACAGCCUCCCAGCUGUGAAGGACAUGCCUCAAGGCUGCGCCUGGGGUGUCUUUGAUAAAGGCGGCGAGAAAGACCACUUAGGCUGCCUGAACCUCCUAACACCAGAAGUCGUAAAAGAAGCAUACAAGGAAGCAAAAGACGGCGUCUCGGUGUCUCUGAACUGGCCCAUCGGCGCAAUAGCCACCCCUGGAUUCUUACGUAAAGGCCUAGUCCACAAAGUCAUCAACUUCAAGGAGGGGCCCUUCGGUCUGCACGGCUUCGACGACGAAGUCGAGUUCAACACCCAAUGCUCUUCCCAAUGGGACUCACUGAUCCACUAUCACCACCAGCCCACCGGCCUAGGCUACAACGGCGCCAAAACCACCGUCUCAGCGCUCGAGCAGCCCUUUGGAAAAGAGAACAAGACCCACGAACUGCCCACCCUCAACCACUGGCACGAGCGCGGCGGCCUCGUGGGCCGCGGCGUCCUCCUCGAUUACCGCGCCUACGCCGAAGCCAAGGGCAUCACGUACUCGUGCUUCGAGGACAAACGCAUCACCAUCAAAGAGCUAGAAGACGUGGCAAAACACCAGGGCACCGAGUUCAAGCACGGCGACAUCCUGAUCGUGCGCUCAGGCUUCACCGAGGAUCUGGGUGGCCAGGAGGCCAAGAAGCAGGAGGAGCUGCUCGGCACCCACAAGUGCGUCGGCGUCGAGGGCACGACCGAGAGCGCCAAGUGGUUCUGGAACAAGCACUUCUCCGCCGUGGCGGGCGACGCUAUUGCAUUCGAGGCCCUGCCGCCCAAAAAGGAGGAUGGCAGUGAUGGAAACAUUGCCGAGCUAGUGCUGCAUCAGUACUUCCUCUCGCUCUUCGGCCUAAACAUCGGCGAGCUGUGGGACCUCAAGGCCCUGUCGCAGAAGUGCAAGGAACUCGGCCGCUACAGCUUCCUGCUUACCAGCGUGCCGCUGAACGUGCCUGGCGGUGUCGGUAGCCCGCCGAACGCGCUGGCCGUUUUCUAG